AUGGCGAAACAGGCUCAGUUGCCCAUGAGGCUACUAUUGUGGCUUGUCCAUGCCAGUUCAGUCUUGGCAGUCGGAGUUUCCUACUCUGCCAGGGCGAACUCUGUAGAUGCCCUGAAGGACUGUUUGCUGAAUGCUGUCGGUGGGAAUAUAGCUGAAGUAAAGUUCUCGAGCGAUGAUGGCUUUCAGUCUAGCCAUGUUCGACCUUACAAUCUCAACUUUCCAUGGGCUCCCUUUGCCAUCACCUACCCAACGGAGGCUUCCAACGUUGCCAAAAUUGUUACCUGUGCCUCCAAACAUGAUCGCAGAGUACAGGCUAGAAGUGGUGGACAUGAUUAUACAAACAAAUGUAUUGGCGCGGGAGAUGGCGCAGUAAUCAUUGAUGUGAAGAAUCUCAAUCAGGUUCAAGUUAAUUCGGCGGGCAUUGCCACGGUCGGCGCCGGAAACCGCCUAAAAGACGUUUGCGAGAAGCUCCAUGCCAAUGGAAAGAGAUUUAUGCCUCAUGGUUCUUCUCCCACCGUGGGAAUCGGAGGCCAUGCCACCGUCGGCGGUCUUGGGCUUCACAGUCGUCUCCUGGGCACUUCGAUUGAUGUUAUGACUGGCGCUGAGGUCGUUCUAGCGAAUGGAACUAUCGUGCAUGCUUCUGAGAAAGAGCACUCGGACUUGUUCUGGGCGAUUCGAGGUGCCGGUGCGAGCUUUGGCAUCGUGACUAGCUUCGACUUCCAAACUAAACCUGAACCAGAUAAUGUCGUUAACUUCUCCUAUACUAUCUCCUCCACAAGUUCGGCGAACUUGUCUGCUGCUUUCAAGGCCUACCACCGUAUCACUACCGACCGAAAUCUUGAUCGUCGAUUGUCAUCUGUCGCAGUUAUCAGUAAAGAUACACUUCUGAUUAGCGGCGUUUUCUUCGGGUCAAAGUCAGAUUAUGCAGGCGUUGACUUCGGUUCCCAGAUUCCCGGUAUUACCAACCGAACUUUGAAAACUGACUUCACCUGGAUGGGACACAUGGAUGCCACAUUCAAGAGCAUUUCAGACUUAUUUCCUGACCAGUCCUACUUCUACGCCAAGGAUACUGCCGUUACCUACUCUACCCUCCCGAGUAACUCGACCAUUGACGCCGUAUUCGAGCAUCUCCAGACUGCCAAGUCCGGCACUGACGCCUGGUUCGUCCUGGUUGAUCUGUACGGAGGCGCUGCUAACGAUGCGGCUGCCGGGGCCACGUCGUAUCCUCAUCGCGAUCUGGCCUAUUUCUUCGCCCUGUACGCGAGAAGUGGCUCCGAGACGACUAGCACCAUCCAUGACUUUGUCGAAAAGGCAGUUCUCACUUACCAGAACAGCAAGCCGGAAAACUUCUUGUCUUACGCCGGCUACACCAAUCUGCGGAUCAAGGGUAGCCCCCAGAAACAGUAUUGGGGUGCCAAUCUCUCCAGGCUGGAAGGCAUCAAGGCGGCGGUUGACCGCGAAGAUGUAUUUUCGACUCCUCAGGGAGUGAAGCCGCGUGAGUAG